AUUUGAAAAAAACGCUAUUCUACAGCCAAAAAUUCACCCUCUCUCACAAACGUCAGUCUUUUUUCGCCAGUUUGGAUCCUGUCUCUGAAAGUUUUAUCCAAAUUAUUCAUUGAUCUGAAUAUUUUUCCCAAAUCAUGUGCAGUGAAUUUUUUAUUAGGGAUUUUCUGUAAGUGCAGCACGAAAGGUCCAUGUUUGGGAUGAUGGGGUGGAUUUUUAAUGAGUAUGAAACAGUUAAAGCAUAAAAAAAAACAACUCGAACACGAUUUCAAGUUGUGACAUAAGGCGAAGGCUGCAGGUGUAGAAAUCUGCGUGUAUAAGUCAGAGGGUUGAAUCAAAAGGUCGAGGGUUGCAGCUGCGCGAUUUAACGCACGAAAACGACGCGCGACGUUCGAUCGUUCGCCAGGGGUGUGGCCGGAGUUUCUCGCCCCUUUUUCCCCCUACGUUAUCUCCCGAGCCUUUAAUCAAACGAAAUAAAGCAAAAAAAUAAAAAAAUAAACCCCCCCCCCCGAUAUCGCAGCGAUAAAGUUGAUAGGAAUUAGCUGUUCAAUAAAAUGAUUAGUAUAACACGUAACGAUGUUAUCCAGAGGUGAAAAUAUAUCAUCCCCACAUUUUUUCCGCGGGUGAAGGGUUUGCCCGAACGUCGACAAUAAAUGUGAUCGUAAUCGCGGCGUAGGAAAAGAAACAUAUCGUGCGUAAUAAUUCGAAAGCGGGUGUAACGAAUAAUUUGGAGUAGAGUCGGUUCGAGUUUGCUAAAUAAGCUCUGCAAGUCGGGAGGGGGUUGAAAUUGGGCGGUGCACCUCGCGAGAUGAUCGAAAGAUAAUAUGUAUGGCGAUGGGAGAGCCGAAAGAUGCUGCAGAAGCCGGCCCGGCUGCCGAAGAAGCAAGUCGCAAAUUCGGGAUCCGGGUGCAGCUGGGUGGUUGCGUUAUAUUUUUAUUAUUAUUAUCGUUAAAGUUUUCAGUUUACCAAUUCGAUUUCCGUUCGUUAGGACCUUACAUUUAUUAUUGCCUUACGAUAAGUUUCGGUGCGAAAUACGGCGGUCUGCAAAGAGUUGAAAAAUCAAAAUUUAUAAUAUAUAAAAGUCACAACGCUAUGAUAUGAUCGACGCAACGACCUGUGAAUAUUAAAUCGUAAUUAAUGAAAUAAUCUAAAGUGUAAUAAUAACGAUAUAACGAUAACAAUAAACUGAUGUAAUUAAUUAUUGAUUAAUAAACGAUAUUCGAUAGUAAUAAAUCAAAUAAACGUGGCACCGUGCAGCUGUACUUUUUCUUUCACCAUAUAUAUAUUUCUUUAAUCGGAAUGUCAGCAAUAUAUAUUGAAUAAAUUAACGAUUGACAAUCAGUUUAUAUAAUAAGUAUAAUAAUACAAUAGUUAAUGGAUCGAUCGUAAUGAAUAAGUAAAAUAUAAUUAAUUAAAUCUUGACAAUCGAUAAUUAUCAUAAAGUACCACGAUAUACCUACUAUAAUAAAAUUUUAAUAAUAAUCUUUCGACGAAAAUAUAUAAUGACGAUGUUACGAUAAUAAUAAUUCUAUAAACACCCUCCGGAGAACGCGAUCGUUAAACGUUGACCCAACUUGUUUAUUAAUCGUAUAAUUAAUUGACUUUUUAAUCACGAUGAUCGAAUAUCAAUGAUUAUCUGUUGUACUUACAUAAUGAGAUGCAUCCGACGAUCGCCCAUUAACAUUGUGUGCUCUUGCUCGCUGCUCUACCGGGUGCAUUUAUAGCUGCAUUUUGAUUUUUAUCACAUCGGAUCCAUGGAUCUAUAAAUAUUCCUUACGCUAUACGCCUACCUAUAGUGCAUUUUCGAGUAAAAAACACUGAACGGAAUGGAGAAUCCGAUCACAUACAUUCCAAUGGAAUAAAUUAUCCCUCAAAACCGUACGACUAACGUUAAUUAAUACUAUCCUUUUACUCCGGUGCACUCAAUUUAAUUAUAUGGCUGCGAUAUUCGAUGAGAUUGAACUGACCGAGGAUCUCACCUUUGCGGAAUGCAGUAUUAAAAACGUGAAUCACAGUUUUCAGGUGAUUACGCCCUUCAGAUCGCUCAUCCUGUGCGGAGAGAGUAGACGGGAUAUGGAGGAGUGGCUCAGUGCUCUUCGAGCAGCUGGGGAAGGGCGUUCACAGGGUGAGCCAGGCCCUGCGGAAUUGUUAGGCGGCAAUCACCAUUGGUAUGCGACGAGCCACGCGAGACCCACCUAUUGCAAUGUUUGCCGAGAUGCGCUCUAUGGUGUAACGUCGCACGGUCUAAGUUGUGAGGUGUGCAAAUGCAAAGUGCAUAAAAGAUGUGCAGCUAAAGCAAUAAACAACUGUAAAUGGACGACCUUGGCUUCUAUUGGAAAGGACAUUAUCGAGGAUGAAGAUGGGAAUAUUACAAUGCCCCAUCAAUGGAUGGAGGGCAAUCUACCAGUUUCCUCAAAAUGUCUCAUCUGCGACAAGACCUGUGGGUCUGUUCUUCGGCUUCAAGACUGGAGAUGCCUUUGGUGCAGGGCGACGGUUCACACCGCUUGUAGACCAGCAAUUUACGUAAGAUGUCCAUUGGGGCCUGCAAAAGUCAGCGUAGUACCUCCAACCGCAUUGCAUAGUAUAGGCAGCGAUGAAGCGUGGGAGGCAGUCCGACCGACAGGCUCUAGUCCGCUUCUAGUUUUUGUUAACAGCAAAUCGGGUGACAAUCAAGGUGUAAAGUUCUUGAGGAGGUUUAAGCAGCUUUUAAAUCCGGCACAGGUUUUUGAUCUGAUCAACGGGGGACCUGGUCUAGGGCUGAGACUGUUUCGACAUUUUGACCCUUUCCGGAUUCUGGUAUGCAGCGGAGAUGGUUCCGUCGGUUGGGUACUCUCUGAAAUCGAUCGGUUAGGGAUGCACCCGAAACAAUGCCAAGUUGGCGUUUUACCUUUGGGAACGGGGAACGACUUAGCGCGGGUCUUAGGCUGGGGAGCUUCCUGCGACGACGACGCACAUUUACCACAGCUUCUGGAAAAGUAUGAAAAGGCGAGCACAAAAAUGCUCGAUCGCUGGAGCAUCAUGACAUUUGAACGCAGCAUAUCGUUCCCUAGCCCCAAGAUGUCUUUGAGCCGCACAGACUCUGCGUUAAACACAGUCAUUGCUCAUCAGUACGAAGACAGCGUCGUAACGCACAUUACAAAUAUUUUACAAUCGGAUCAAGAUAACGUUGUUAUAUCUAGUGCCAAAGUUCUGUGCGAGACUGUGAAAGACUUUACAGUGCGAAUUUCGGAGGCGAGUCAGAACACGGGGGACCAGCAGUUGGGUGAAAAGUGUGAAGUCCUGAGGCAAAAGCUGGACCUUUUGCUGGAGACGUUACACAAAGAGGAAAGUUUCAUUUCGGAUGGAGCAGUUGAAGCGGAUUCGCCUUCCCCUGCGUCACAGGCGCCGCUACCCGUUGACGGAGAGGAAAAAGGAGCGCUGGAGAAGCCAGAAAAAGACAUUAACAAUUUGAAACGUGUGAGAAAAAAGCGGAAUCUUGUAGAGAGAGAAGCUAUUGUAUCUAGGGCAAACAGCUUGAAAAGAGCAAUAAGAUGUUUGGUCGAGCACACCGAGCUCGCCGUAGACGAGCAAAACAGUUCUCCAUCUGAUCGUCAAGCCAGUGGUGCACCAAACAUAACGGUAACCUGCGAUGACGGCACUGUGGAGACUAGCAAAUAUGAAAAACGUAAUCACUUGGAUAUCCCAGGACUGCGAUCUAACAACGUUGAGCAUUUGCACGUCCUGUCAGCAGUCGGCUCUGUCGGUAGUGCAGAAAUGUCUCCGUGCCCUAGUCCGACUCCAAAUCUAGUAUCGCUUAGCCCGAUGCCUGACUUGCGUAGGGAUUCUCAAGCCGAAGAAAUGCUCGCGCUUCCUGCACCCGAUGGUUUUGCCGAUAGCAGAAGAAACAGUUCUAACCUGCCGAAGGGGGUGUUUAGCUUCGAAGUUCCAACGGUGGAGGCGACGAUACACAAACUUUUUCAACAGCAUCAGCAACAUCAAGGAGGAAUUCUCGAACACAACGAUGCGGAAUUCAACGAAAACCAGCAGGCGGAGACGCCAUCCGACAUCCAAGUGACCGUUACGAGUACGACCUUGGAUACGAGUUCGCCUUCGGAUGACACAACCAUACAAGACACGAUGAUAUCCCCAGACACCGACUCCGCAAAUUCCAGAAACAUAUCACCAGAUAACGAUCAAAAAUUGGACAAUUACAGAAAGAGAGACGCUACCUACGGCUCGAGAAGCAGCUGCAGUUGCAGCAACAGUAUUGUGAGCUCCGACAGCAUGAUUAUGGAUACCUUGGAUUCGAAAAAUUUCACGAUAAAAAACAGCGAGAGCGAAAUUGGUCACAUAGACAGCGAUAUUUUGGACACGUUGAGGCACUCGGACAGCCCUGAAAUGGGGCACAUCGACUCGCCUGAGAAUUCGGACACCUGUCACAGCGAGGCCCAAAACUCCGAGAGCAUAAUCGACGACCUGAGUUCCCUCGGACAAGAUCUGAUCAGCGCUAUGUUGGGGGAAAGGUACGACUCUGUAAGAGACUGUCUGAAAUCUGAGCAGCCUGAAAAACCACGAAAAUUCUGCAGUCUGGCACAAUUUGUCGAGGGGAACGACAUCGCCAGGAGGUCCUUCAAGAAGCCGGCUUGGAUUCCGAAGAAGAAAGACAGCGAGAAAAUAUCCUCCGCUGCUGAUCUCGGUGGUGAACCGGCUCGCAAAAAUGACUCGGCUAACCGGCAGCCCAACAAUUCUUACGCGCUCGGUAUCACUUGCGAAGAAAAGUCCUCCGAAAUAUUGGGUCCAGUUUGCUGCUUUGCCGUUAACUCGGACAAGGCGUCUGCGGACGAACAACCUCCAACUACGAAUCCUCCUGUAAUAAGUGUCAUCGUUGAUCCACCGAGCCCUUCCAUGUCGAUUGAGAAACGUGACCUGGAACCCGAAGCUGGUUACAAGUUGGAUUCGCGUUACAACAGGCGAUACAGCGGUGGGAGCAUGGAGAAACUGAGCGUCGAACUACCAGGUCUGGGCUUUUCGCCGCAAGCUACGCGCCGCAUCAGCAGCGGAAGUCUUUUGAAAGCGUCCGAAGUUGUUUCCUUAGCGGCGCAAGCCGCGAGGUUCGGAGGUUCCAGUUUGAGUGUACGACACGAACGAACCAAGUCUGUGGACAAGACAGAGGACGCGAAAAAAUUACCGAUCAUCAACCCCCUGGUCCAGCUGCCGAUGUGGCCAAACGUGAGUCGGGGCGCGGGGCUAAUCAGCCAGGCGCUUUUGGCGAACGCGGAUGCUCUGUGCGCCGCUGUUUCACCUCUGAUGGACCCAGACGAAACUUUGUUAGAAGGUUACUACGAACGGUGCGUGAUGAACAACUACUUCGGCAUCGGCAUAGACGCGAAAAUAAGUCUGGAUUUUCACCACAAGCGAGAAGAACACCCGGAGAAAUGCAGAUCGAGAGCAAAGAACUACAUGUGGUACGGAGUACUCGGAUCGAAACAAUGGCUCCAAAAAACGUACAAGAAUCUCGAGCAGAGGGUCCAACUCGAAUGCGACGGACAGAGGAUACCACUCCCAUCGUUACAAGGCAUCGUAGUUCUGAAUAUACCAAGCUUUAUGGGCGGUACGAAUUUUUGGGGGGGAACCAAAGAAGGCGAUCUCUUUUUGGCGCCCUCAUUCGACGACAGAAUAUUGGAAGUCGUUGCAGUUUUUGGCUCCGUUCAAAUGGCGGCUUCUAGGCUGAUAAAUCUCCAACAUCACAGAAUCGCUCAGUGCCAAACCGUGCAGAUUAAUAUUCUUGGCGACGAAGGAGUGCCCAUACAAGUCGACGGAGAAGCUUGGAUUCAACCUCCGGGAAUGAUAAGAAUUAUCCACAAAAACAGAAUGCAAAUGCUCUACAGAAAUCGGGCGUUAGAAACGUCGUUACGAACCUGGGAAGAAAAGCAGCGCAGCUCAACCUCCACUUCAACUUCAAUGUCGUCUCAGUCGACUUCGACUAUGUGUGGUGCAACGCAGACUCAGUCACCGAUAGACGCUAAGCCUUCGAAUUUGAACGAAGACGAGAUGAGCGUACUGUUCUCUUUCAUCGAAGCUGUCACUACGCUUGUGAAGUGGGUAAAACUCCUCAUUAUUUCUCACCCUAGUCUGGAACCGGAACUUUACCAAGUUGCUGCAAGGACGGCCGUCAGUUUGGAAAACGUCCAUCCGGGUGGAAAAAUAAUUCAAGGGCCUGGCCUUCGACCUGUCGUAACAGAGCUUGUCUCGAGCGCGAGACAACUUUACGAAGAUUCUUGCGAGCUGCUCCGAGACAAGGCGCACAAUUUGAGACUGAGGGAGGAUUUGGAGAGUAAAUUGUCCACGUCAUUGGCAAGCAUGGAGCAAGAACUGAGAAAAUGUGUGUUCGACGAAUCAGGAACUGGCCUUGUGUAUCUGCACAAUCUUCAACCGGACGAACAGGGUGAUAAAAAGAAUCGUCACCGGGGCUUGUUCUGGUUAAAGUUCCGCCGGACGGGAUGGGGUUCCGGAAAUCAUCCGGGAAGAGACCAAGUGACAAGUUGGGGUGUUACGGAAGUAUGUUCAUGGUUGGAUAGCCUUCAGCUGAGUGAAUACGCCGAAAAUUUCAUGUCACACGAUAUAAGAGGUAAGGAACUACUCACCCUUGCCAGAAGAGAUUUAAAGGAACUCGGAAUAACCAAAGUCGGACAUGUCAAACGUAUACUUCAGGCCAUCAAUGAUCUUAAUAAUUAAAAAUUCCAAUAUUGAUAUUAGGAUUCUCAUGUCCAACCGGUUUCAAAUAUCGGAGGCAAUACCCUGAAUAUUAUUAUUAUUAUUAUUAUUCCAAUAAGCAAUGUCGGUGAAAAUCGAAAAUUGGAUUUAAUGAAAAAAAAAAACCAAAAACAAAAUACGGUAUACCAUAACUUGCCUGUGGCAAUAAAAAUGUUAAGUUUAAAAAUUUACCUGAUUAUUAUAAAAAUACUAUACAUAGAUAUAUACACAUACCUAAUAAAUAUGUACAUAUAUACUACUCGUAUAUGUAUAUAUCCAGUAGUGUAUAUACAUAUAUAUUAAACUACCCUCAAGCGUAUGAAUAAUAUAAAGAAAUUAAAAGAAAAAAAAAAAUUUCAAUAUUUAAAAAUUCUAUUUAAUACACCGAUCUGAAUGUAAAAUUUUGACAAAUUUAAAAGAAAAAAAUAAUAAUAAUAAUCGCUUACGAUAUGUGGGAAUCAAAAAAAAAAUAUAUAAAAGAAUAAAUUAAUAAAUAAUGAUAAUAUACUUCGAAGAUAGCAAAAAAACCUGAAGAUAUAUUUCUCGUAGCGAUAAAAAUAUUGUUAGAUAUGUAUUACAAUUUUUCGUUUCUUAAUUUUAAUUUUAAUUUAUUUAUUUAUUAAUUUUCUUCUUCUUCUCUGUCUUAAAUAAUCGCGAGGCAAGUCAGUGGGCCUGCCCCUCAAUCAUCGGAGGGAUCCUCCCUCCACUCUGUGAUCGUAGAAUUAUUGGAUACAACAUUAUACAAUACACAGAUCGUUCGCUGUCGAAGUAUCCAUAAACUCUAUGCUAUUUUGCUAAUGAUUGUUAAACUCCUGUAUUAUUACUGUUAUUACUAUUAUUGUUCGAAAUGCAAAAACCUAAAGAUGAGGAAGAAGUUGAAGAAGAGAAAAGGAAAAAAAGAAAUAAAUUAAAAUAACUCGUAGCGAUAGAAUUAAGGUAGGGUGAGGGAGGAAACAAUAUUAUUAGGUAUAUACCUUUUAGCUGUAGUUUGAUAAUAUUUAGAUAUCCUACAAUAAUAAUCGGUGACGUUCUAUCAUACAGAUUUAAAUUUAAAUGAGUGAUAAAAAUAACGUAGUCGCGUGUAUUUGAUCUCCAUCACUUCCAAUAUUUCGUAAAAAGAAAAGAAAAAACCAAAAAAAAAUACAAAAACACAAAAACCAAACUAAUGAAAGAAACACAACUUCUACAAACCGAAGAAGAAAAAAAAUGAAGGAAAAUUCUAACGCUAUACGUAGCACAAUGUAGAUUGAUUUUAAAGUCGUUUCACGGACCGCACUUACUUACCCUGCACUGUAAUCGGAUCUCCAUUUAUAGUCGAAAACACAAGUGUGAGACAAUUUUUUGAACCAAUGAACGGUCUCAGCUUCAACUAUCGCUUCAAUUUCCAACGUUUUCUUCGUUUUUGGCUAUAAAUUUUUCUAUAAUUUUGUUGCCCCCCACCCCCGAUUUUUCUUCUUUUACGGGAACCUUAAGUGCGAUAUCGUUGCUGAUUAUAGAGAGAUCAAAAAUGGACAAAAAAAACAAAGAGAAAAGAAAAUUUAAUUAAGUGUACACCUAUCUACCUAUCUAGGUAUCGUGCUAUGUACCUUGAAUCUUCCCGACUAAUUUUAUCGUACCUUCUAAGCUCUUUAUACUGUAGCGUAAAUAUAUCUCCCAAAAAGAAAAUGAAAAAACGUAAAAAAAGUAAAAAAAAAAAAACUUAACAAAUUAACGUAGUUAAAACUUUCCAAUCAACGUCGCGCUUAGAGGUAAUCAAUUGAACAAAUAAAAAUAAAUAAAUGAAUAAAAUAUUUAUAAAAUUAAUCGAAAAAACUGAUGAUAAAGGAGCAAUCGAAUGACUAUACUAUACAUUAUAUACGCAAUAAUAAUAAUUCAGUAUUCUAAUCGUUUACGAAUUUUUUUUUUUUCUAUCUCAAUUUUCUUUCACUCUUUUAAACCUUGACCAAUGAAUAUACCCUACGCUGAAACUCUUUUUUCGAUCUGAAGUGAAGAAAAGAACCUCUGAUUAAUUAAAAAUACAUACAUACAUACAUACCUAUAUCUACCUACUAUAUACAUUUAUCAUAUAAUACAUAAAUAAAUAUAAAAUAAUAACUUACAUUACGUGAAGUUGUCGCCAAAAGCAGAAUAAAGAAAAUGAAAAAAAAAAUAAAAAUCGAGGGCCAAAUUGUUAACG